AUGUGUGAAAUGCUGAGUGCUGACAUGCAGUUUCUCCCCCUUUUGGCGGGGAUGGGUGUUAAACUAUAGGGAUAUUCAUCGUAUGCCAUACUUAGUUACGGAGUAUUUAAGAAGUUUUUGGAGUUUGCGCUGUUGGAAUUAAUGAGCUACAAUGUAAUAGGAUUCACCAAUGCGCACACCCGCUGAGCAGUUUCUUACAAUGAGGGCAUUUGGUGCUCCAGCAAUUGUAAUAGCACUUGCCACUCAGGGAACUUUUCGUGGGUUCAAGGAUACAAAGACACCUCUAUAUGCAGUUGGUGCUGGUAACUUGCUAAAUGCUAUAAUGAGUCCUCUGUUGAUAUUUUCCUUUGGUUUUGGCAUCAGUGGUGCUGCAAUUUCUACUGUGAUUUCUGAGUACUUGAUUGCUUUCAUCCUGCUUUUCAAGUUAAAUGACAGGGUCAUUCUUAUAGCUCCAGAAGUUAAUGGUGGAAGAGUUAUUCGAUAUCUUAAAUCCGGUGCUCUACUUACUGGAAGAACAUUAGCAGUGUUUGUAACCACUACACUAGCAACAUCCCUGGCUGCCAGAGAUGGUCCAAUAUCUAUGGCUGGCCAUCAAAUUUGUUUCCAAGUCUGGUUAGCAUUGUCCAUGCUUACGGAUGCUUUAGCUCUGGCAGGACAAGCUCUCCUUGCCAGUGAUUACUCUCAAGGUAACUAUAGCCGGGCACGUGAAGUGGUUUACAAAGUCUUGCAGAUUGGUAUUGCAACCGGAGCUACCUUAGGCGUGUGCUUGCUCCUGUGGUUUGGAGCAUUAACUAGCUUAUUCACCUCAGACUCCAAGGUCCUAGAAAUUGCUAGAUAUGGUACUUUGUUUGUUGCCGUAUCUCAACCAGUGAAUGCAAUUGCUUUUGUUCUUGAUGGCCUAUAUUACGGGGUCUCAGACUUCGAAUUUGCUGCCUACUCAAUGUUACUCAUUGGAUUGAUCUCCUCCAUUUUCUUAUUGGUGGCUACUCCCAUGUUUGGUCUUGCUGGAGUUUGGGCAGGACUUUUUCUCCUCAUGGCUUUGCGUGUGCUAGCUGGAUGUCUAAGACUGGGCACAAGAACGGGACCCUGGCAAUUUCUCUCAAGCAGGAGAGUGCUGGAUAGUGAUGCAGCAGAUGAUUCGUUGGUGGACAAAAAAUCAGAACAUGAUUAGGCUAAUUAUGUCAUAUUACUUGGCUUUCAAUCCUGGAUUCCUCGUUGGAAAUUGAAAGCUAUAUCUGACAUGUCCACGGCUUGAGAAGAAUGCAAGUAUCCACAUUCUUUCAUCAGCCAAUCUCGGGAGAUUAACCUGCAGGCUUCAAAAAGCAUCCUAGACCAACAACAGAUAGAAGCUAAGUUUAACCUGGCCAUGUUAGCACUGCAUAGAUAGUUGAAAAGAGUAAAGCAGUUAAGCUCAGGAAGCUUCCAACAUGUGCAUUCAGUAGCUGUCUGUUAACAUUCAAUUUUGUGAAGAUGGAGGGUGGAGAAAAAGACAAAGGUAGCCCUGGAUGCUUAAAGAAGAGUGACACGAUGGUUUGUUAGAUCGAGAGGUUUCAAUAUUUGAUAUGUGUCGAUUAGGGGAGACUUCAAAACGCAGGCUAACGGGAAGGUUUUCGUAGUAUCUAGAUUUGAAAGUAGAACCAGUUUUUCGUUCUCCAAACACUAAUUCUAAGAACCUGAUAUUGGAGAUGUUAAAACUCAUGUCCAUAUGUCUUACCGAACACACUCUAAGUAGUGAUUUAUUAUCAAAUGAACAAAUUGAGACACCCCCUUGUUUGAUGACCCUUAACCGGAAAAAGUAGAAGCCUUCCACGUCUUGCAAUGAGCACGCACCCCGGUGGUGACUGCUUUGUUAUUUUA